AACACACACGGACGAGAAACUACUUUUUUUUUUGUUUCAUUUCGUCGGUGCUUCUCUCGUCGGUGCGUGAAAUUUCGGAGUCUCUUCUGCAAAAUAAAUUUGUCCGGUGUAUUCUCUUGGUUAUGACAAACAAUUGGUACAGCAGCUGUGACUGUGCCAAAACAUUAUUCGGUGCCAGUUAACUCGAUUCCUAUUCGCCAUGGAGAAUCAAGCUCUUCCCGCCCAUCAGUCUUUCUGGAAGAAAAAUACUCGGGCGGUGCCAGGAAGACCGAGUUUGAAGCAGGACGUCAAAUAUGGCAAAUUCAAUUCAGCUGCAAUCGGUUCCAGCAAUCUGACCAGCAUUGCUAACAACAGCAAUACGGGCGGAGGUUCAACUUCCUUUCAAGACUUUCAGGAAAGCGUGGACGACGCUUGGGAUUCGGGAGAUGAUGAAUUUUGUACCGUGUCCGAUGUGAAGAUAUCGAAGAGAGUCAGUCAUUCAGCCGCGCUCAGUGUUAUAAACAGUCACAGAUCUGGUAACAACAAGUGCCUGGAGACGUCACAAACGAACGUCAAGGCGGUUGAGCAGGAAAUCAUCCCCAAGGAGAAGAAGGCGGAGGCUCUUCAGAGACUGGCUGUGCAACCGUUGCAUCUGCGUAACGCGAAUCUGCGUUUGCAGAUAAACAACAGUCAGUACCCCGUCGGUGAUGAGAUGACGGAUUCCAAGUACAGCGCGUCACCGCAACAUAAAAUACCUACGCAGUUCCCCGGCAGGCCGCAACAGUUGAAGCAAAUAAACAAUCCUAAUAAAUUUUUUAUACCUUCGAAAGAGCAAGAUGGCGAGAGUAAAGUGGACAAGUUUCAGUUGCUUUUGGAAGCAUCCGUACUCAAUUUAGACGAGCUGCGGCAGUUGUCGUGGUCCGGUGUGCCUGCUAAAUUGCGUUCCGUCACCUGGAGGUUGUUAUCUGAAUAUCUGCCUGCUAAUCUAGAACGUAGGCAACCCGCGCUGGAACGCAAACGACUCGACUAUUGGAACUUGGUGAAGCAGUAUUACGAUGUCGAGCGGGACGAAGGCUUUCAGGACACAUAUCGUCAGAUUCACAUAGAUAUUCCUAGAAUGUCACCGCUCAUUUCGCUAUUCCAGCAGACGACGGUGCAGCUUAUAUUCGAGAGAAUAUUGUACAUUUGGGCGAUUCGUCAUCCCGCGUCUGGUUACGUUCAGGGUAUGAACGAUCUCGUGACACCUUUUUUCCUGGUCUUUCUCCAAGAGGCGGUGCCUAUGCAAGCCUGGCAAGAUCUGGAAAACUAUGAUGUGGCCUCGCUGUCGAAGGAACAGCGCGACAUCAUCGAGGCGGACAGUUUUUGGUGCCUGUCGAAGUUUCUGGACGGUAUUCAGGAUAAUUACAUAUUUGCUCAAUUGGGGAUUCAGCACAAGGUGAAUCAACUGAAGGAACUGAUACAGAGGAUUGAUGCUCCGUUGCAUCAGCACUUGCAUCAGCACGGGGUCGAUUAUCUGCAGUUCUCCUUUCGCUGGAUGAACAAUUUACUGACGAGGGAGAUCCCUUUGCACUGUACCAUUCGUCUGUGGGACACUUAUCUUGCGGAAUCCGACAGAUUUGCCUCGUUUCAGCUUUACGUGUGCGCGGCCUUUCUUCUGCGCUGGAGAACACACUUGCUGCUGCAGCCUGACUUUCAAACGCGAAUGAUUUUGCAGGGGCUUAUGUUAAUGCUACAAAACCUGCCAACGCAAAACUGGACGGACUCGGAGAUCGGCGUGCUGGUGGCCGAGGCGUACAGAUUGAAAUUCACAUUCGCUGACGCGCCGAAUCACUUGCAAGCACACGAUACAACGGUUAGGUGACCGUCUUCGAACGGAUUAGGUUGAACGUUGUGACAAAUCGUGGCCAAAUCAGCGGUCAACGUUGUUAGUGCCGCUGAUACUCUUCCGUCUCGUCGUCGCUACGUGCAACGUUACGUCGCGACGUUCAGUUUGUCUUACGGCCAUAUUGAAAGUUUCCGGAACGCGUGGUCUCUUAUACCUGUUUUACUCCUAUGUGUCGACUAUAUAUCAGUUAUUUCUUUCGAUUAUUUGUGCAGUUUUUGUAGAGUUUAUUCUUUUUUUUUGUUAUAUACAUAUGUUGCGGAGGAGUGUUUACAAGUAUGAAAGCGUUUGCACACAAUUGCUGUGUGUUUCACUUUGAGAAACGAGAGAUGCGAGUGUUUUUCAUACACAGAGAAUGUAAAUCGCGAAUUAAUUGCCAUUUUUCCAGUUUGCACAUUACAUUUUGAUAUAUAUAUGUAUCGAGUCUUAUAUACAGAUCUUACAUAUAUAUAUAUAUAUGUAUAUACACAU